AUGACAGAAUUAUAUCAUCUAUCUUUGGUUAUUUAUAUUUUAACUUUCACGAUUCUACUUAAUAAGAAUACUAGUCUUGCUCACCAAACUAUCACGGAAAUGAAUGUCAUUGACAAAUGUUGGAGAUGGAAUCCUCAUUGGCGAAAUGACAGGCAACAACUCGCCUUGUGUUCAGUAGGAUUUGCAGGGAAGAUGAUCAACAACACGGGCCAUGAUUUGGUGUAUUAUGAGGUAAUAGAUUCUUCUGAUGACCCAUUAAACCCUAAGCCAGGAACUCUUAGAUAUGGAGCCACCAUCAUCAAAGGCAAAGUAUGGAUUACAUUUCAAAGUGAUAUGAGGAUUUAUCUACAAAAACCCAUUCUCAUUAGCAGUUUCACUGUCAUUGAUGGUCGUGGUGCUAGUGUUCACGUUAUAGGCCCUGCUUGCCUUAUUAUCUACAAGGCGACAGAUGUCAUCAUCCAUGGGAUAAGAAUUCAUCAUUGUCGUCCUAGACCAGUAGCUUCGGUGGUGGGACCAGAUUCACAAAUAAUCCAAAUGGGUCAAGUGGAUGGGGAUGCAAUCAGGUUGGUCACGGCGAAAAAGGUUUGGAUAGACCAUAACACUUUGUAUGAAUGUCACGAUGGCCUCCUUGAUGUCACUCGUGGAACGAAAGAUGUUACUAUCUCAAAUAAUUGGUUUAGAAACCAGGAUAAAGUUAUGCUUCUUGGUCAUGAUGAUGGAUACUUGAGAGAUAAAAAUAUGAAGGUCACUGUUGCCUUUAAUCAUUUUGGACCCAAUUGCAACCAACGCAUGCCCAAGGUCCGUCAUGGAUAUGCACAUGUUGCGAAUAACCUCUACCUAGGAUGGACACAAUAUGCUAUUGGUGGAAGCAUGAAUCCCACAGUUAAAAGUGAAGCAAACUUCUUUAUUGCAGUACCACAAGGAAAUAAAGAAGUGACAUGGAGGAAGCACAACAAAAAGGACAAAGGUGGAUGGAAUCUUUAUUCAGUGCGAGAUUACUUCAAGAAUGGAGCUUCUUUUACUCAAUCAGGAUUAGGUGGUGUAAGGCCCAACUACGAUGCUCAACAAACCUUUCAGGUAUCUGACGUUAAAUCUGUUAGAGUUUCUACAGAAUCAGCUGGCGCUUUACGAUGUACCAAAACCUCUAUAUGUUAG